AUGACUUUAACUCAUACAAAUCAACCAAGUUAUGGAGCAACUCAAUACGGACAACAACCACAAUAUAUGCCUCCACAAGGUUAUCCACAACAACCACAAUAUGCACAACAACCGCAAAUGGGAUAUCAACAACCAAUGAUGGCUCAAACAACAGUCAUUUCAACUCCAUCCAAUUUACAACAAUAUCCAAAUGGUGGACCUGUUAUGGAGACAAUUAUUGACACACGAAUUUCUUCUGGUACUUUCCUCUCUUUGAAUUUAUCACCACAACUCUUGUCGAACACUUUGGGAGCUUAUGGUUUUCCAAAUGCUGCCAAUGCUCCAGCCGAUAUUGAAAAUAACAUUAUUAGACCAAUCAAUAAUUUAUUCACUCAAUUCUACAACAAAUCAUCCAAUUAUGAUACCUACUACAUGAUCUCGUUUAUUAUCUUGAUGAUUUUAAUCAUUUUAACAGCUGGUUUGGGUGUAGUAUUCAUUUUCAUCAUCUUCGUCUUCCCAUAUUUGAAGAAUAGACACAUUUCAUCCUUCAAUGAAACUACUCAGAUUCAAGUGAGAAACCUUUUACAAAAGGAAAAUCAAAACAAGUAUAUGCCACACGGUUUGGAAUGGGUUAUUCUCUAUGAAGUGAAACCAGGAACUAGUUCUCUCUUUACUGGUUUCACCUGUAUGCAAGAAGCCAGUUUGAAACUCAUUCGUGUCAGUAGACAAGUCCCAACUGUCACUACAACUGUCACACAACAACAAGACACUUUGGUAAUGAACUAA